CGUCUGUCGUCGGAACUGACAGUGCACGAUACACAGGGGCAACGACGUUUUCAGAGUUCAGGAUGAGGCGAUUGACUUGUUUCGCUAUUUUUAGUUCGUUCCUGUCAAUCGGAGUUGCGAUCAAAUGCUAUCAAUGCUCCACGAGCGAGGAUCCGAAAGGAAAAGAUCUCUGCGGUGCCUACGAGUAUUUCGACGUUUCCAAGAACACGCCCGUUGAUUGUCUGGGAGAGCAGGCUGUCGCUCUGGGUACUUUCUGCUAUAAGCGGCUCCAACAGAGCCCUCGAGGCUUUAUUUGGGAUGGUCGUUGGCGCAGUGUCGAACGUCGGUGCGCUCAAAUUUCUGAGCGCGGUAUCAACUGGGGCUGCGAUUGGGGCUACGAUUUACAAGGGGUGUACUGGGAGGAGUGCUACUGCGCUGAAAACGGCUGCAAUUCUGCCACCGGACUGAAAGUCAGCACCUUGCUGCUCUAUCUUAGCCCCUUGUUGGUGCUGCUUCAGCUGUUGAAAUGA